UGUGCCCAGUACGCGGCGAUACGAACGAACACCCUUGUCUUUAGCACGAAACACAACGUGUCGUUUAAAGGGAGAUGUUAAGUUAAAAGAUGGUAAGUUAGCAAGUGCCGGGAGUUCGCUUAAGGCGAGCACUCGCUCACGCUCCAGUGUCGAUUCUCCAUUUUAAAAAUUGAAAAAAACCUGUAAAGAGAGCCGUCUUUCUUUUUUUUUUUCCUUUCCCUUCCAAAAACUCGGUCAGCCGCCAACAACGCGAAGCGUCGCCUCCACGUCAAUGCUUUUCUCUGGCUCGGAGAGCAGCGGAGGGUGGAAGCGAGCGAAGAGCGGGGAUGACAGUCGUGGGUUGAGGGAGGAAAGAUGAACGAGAGGGAGUUGAAUAGAGGGAAGGAAAGAGAAAAAAAAAAAACCUCGUCUUCGCGCGCAGCGACGGCGGCACAUCCAGUCAGUCCACUCGACAACAGCGCAGCCGCCGGUGGCUCCUCUCUCCGAUCCCGCGAGUAGUAGCGCGAGAGGCGGGCAGCGAGCGGCGUGGUGUGCCCGUGUGCUCUCUCUUUCGCGAGCCGUAGAAGCACACGGCGUGGUGGUGGCGGGAAAAAACUCGCGCGCCUUCUCCCGUUCCUCUUGGUGUGGAUUACGACGCAGGAAGGGAAACGGACAGCGGCGAUAGAGUGACACCGGAUAGCCGACGUUCAGACUUAGCUGCAAAAGACCGAACACGUGGCAGCCCAAGGAUGACGCAGGCGUCUGCAGUGGCAGUGGCGCUGUUCGCAUCGUCUCUCCUCCUCCUAUUCACGACAGGUGACGCUGUCCAGUGCUACAUAUGCAGUUGGUCCCCGAGAAACCAGGCCAACCGGACAGACUACUGCACGCACGCAAACUUCAAUCCGGAAAAGAACUUCGCCCACGAGUGUUCCCAUGGAUGCGAGUUCUUCUCCCAGAACGACCUGAACGGUGACUUCGAGCACGUUCGGCGCAACUGCGCGCCGAGCAACCCUCCGCACAAGGGUUGCCUGACCGAGACGAGCCGGGCCUGGUCCACGGUGCGUUGCAUCUGCGACUCGGACUACUGCAACCCGGCGCCCCAACAGCAGCGGACGACGGCCGCACUUCUGCUGCUGCCUCUGUGGCUCGCAGCUACCGCCGCAGCAGCCAGAAUGCCCACCUGAACGCUGUCUCGCUGUUUCCUACACCCGAACAGAGGGGGCGCCCGUGUUUGAGGAAAAGACAACGGAGACGCCGGCCCUCUGGUCGUAGUCAGCCAGUGGGCGUCAAGAAAAAUGCGAGACGCUGUGUGGAAAUUCUAUAGAGCGGCGAAUCGACUAACUGUGACUUCUUGAGUUGCUGUAAAUAGACUGUUUCACCCAUUACACCUUGUACCAACAAGUUCACCAGAACGUUUAGCUGAGCUAAAGACAAAGCCGGAGCUCUUCAGUCGUGCCCAAGUUCGGAGCUCUCUGAGUUCCCACGUUUCAUGAGUAGUGUCACGAAUACAACUCCUAAACUUGCGAACUAUACUGCUGCUUCUCCACAGCGCAGAAAAAUAGGUCAGCAGUUGCCAUCUGUGGCCCGAUUCUUGGCAUUUCGCUGCUGUCAAGUUUUCAUCUUGACAGCUCUGACACCAUCUGUGAUUGGUUUAAAAGGAAUAAUUCGGCAGAGUCCGGAAUAGUAAACACAAGUCACAAAUGGCUGCGUGUUUUUUGUGCGUUCGAAGGUACAUCAAAAAUUUGGUAUUUAAAAAAGCGUCACGGGAAAUGUCCGAAGUUCAACACAAGAUUUCUUAACUAGGGCCACAGGUUAUUUCUUCCGUGAACCACGACUGUUCUCCCCGAAAUCUUAACGAAGCAGAGCUGAAAACGACAUGAAGGCUUCCCUAGACGACCGAUAAAAUUGGGGAUAAGUUGAACAUUUCUUCUCAGGUUUACUACGAGGAGCACCAUGGCGCCCACUGUGGCACUGGGCUAGUAUGUUAAGCUUAUUUAUCGGCAUCAGCCUGUUAUAUGGGAGAAACAGGCUCUUGCUAGCGCUGAAGAAUUUGGGAAAAAGGAUACCAAAAUUUUUUUACAGUUUGACGGUGGACCUUGUUCUCCACAGAGGAGUUCGCGAAGGGCUUGGCUUUCGCCUUUGCUAUUGCGGUAUGGUGCGUCUUAUACCGUGCUUCAGGGUGAACCUGUGUUGGAAUAGCUCUAAGUUAUAAACUAAGCAUGAUUUUAAUAUUUGUAUAAUUUGUGAUGUGUAUACCAGGGAGGCAACGUAUUUGUCCCCAUCUGCGUCAUUUUGUUGGAGUCCCUCAGGAACGCUGAAUUCAAAGUCUUGUUGUCUUUCAGUGUUCGGUUUGAUUGCAAAAGCCCCACACCUGUAGCUGUCCAGUGUCGACUGCCGUCAACGCGUGCGAGUUACUUUCUGCUUGAGCAAAUUAGUGGUUUGUACUGUCGUUCUCUGCGAAACAGCGCUUCAACUUCACAGUUGUUACAUCGUUAAGUUCCCAGAGAAGAAAAUGACUUGAUUUUGAGUAUUUUGGCUUCCCUGGAAAUUUAUACAAGAGCUGUGUGAUUUAUAAGACAAUCUAUGACACUGUCACCUUUUUGUGUGUUUACUGCAGUAAGCUCGCAGUUGAAGAACAGUAUGCGCCUGACGCGGGAUUUGAGGGCACCUUUAUAUGCGCGAUCAUAAGCAAUUAUGUAUUCAUAGCCUGCAUAGCUGAAUGAUCAACAGUCGUCGAAACAAAGAUGUCUCUGGGAUUGAGUCGAACAAGUGACGUCCCUCAUUUGAGCGCUGUUGAUCGCUUCGUGUCCAUCUUCCUGUGUACCGCUGUUUUGUUUGAUUGUAUCACAUGGUGUGUUUAAAUAAGUUAUUCAUAUUGAAAACAGUUUCUUCUAACAGAGCGAAAUCACUCCAUAUUUCCACUUGUGAUCAGGCGACCAGGACUGUAAUUUAUCGCCUUCUCGGUAGAAAUCCAUGUCACCGCAACAAAGUCUCCGAUUCUUACACAAUCGCUUGUUCUACGUUUUAGUUUUCACGUUUCAAAUUUCUUAUUUGAGCCAACUGAGUCUUCAGAAACGCACUAGAACAACCAAAGUACAAGCUGUUAACCUCCACAGAGUUUUGUUAAGCGCAAGUACGUCGACGAGGUGCGCCCUCCUGAAUAUGUUGCGGCGCAAAAUAACUUUUAUGGUGUGGGAGGUGAGCAGCAUAUUCCAUCAGCGUGCACCGUGUAGGUUUCCUCAAACUUGGGCGUCACGAACCCUGUGUCAUUGUAGAGUUUAGAAUUUCGUCGCCUAAUAUAUAUUCUAACGUGCUUUACUGCCAAAAAACUGCCGUGAGCGUUCUCUCAAGCAUGUGUUUGCACUGCAAUGUCUCCCCAUCGCCACUUCUUCGAGUAGAGGACAUUUACUAAAUAUCAUAUGCUCGUGCACGCAGAAGCCAUGCUGUAUGGGUUUUCAGCACCACUCAAUGUCGUUUCAUCGGCCUAUCACCAGUCUCCAUGUGCAAGUGUGUCGAUAUUUCGUCGUCAGCACCUUACGUGUGUAUCCGUAAAGUACAGUGUAAAGACUGACUUCCAGCAACCGCUGCUAUUGCUAACUUGUAGUGACAGGGUUUGCGCUCACGCUUCACGUGAAACGUCUAAGGUGCAAAGCCUGUGCAGUUCUUAGUGUAAAGAAAAUGGUGAACCCACAAGACACCUUGGCAUCAGUGCAUGACUGAUUCAACAGUGUUUAAAUCGCGCCACGUGUCAGUGAACGUGUCCCGUGCGAGUAAAAUAUGUAUUGUACGCAAAGGCUUCUCCUUUACAGCCAGAAAGCUCUUCGUCAGAAAUCUUCACAGAAUUUCGCUUGUAUGUGUCAUUGUAAGGAUACAUUUUCGCUAAGAAAAUACACAUUUCUUUUUCAGAUAACAAGUAUUUAUAGCAAUAUAUUUCACCUACGAGAAUAUAUUUAUCUAAAAUUACUAAUCAACAAUAAGCCAAAUGCAUAAAUAGUAUUGAAGUAAAUUCGAACAAGAAAAGCUUUCGAAGCAUAGAAGCUUAAACGUCACGAGCGCUGUCCACCGUUUCGUGCAGAUCUUUCACAAGCCCUUCAACGUAUAGUCUUAGGGACCUUCCAGAUGACCUUAGCGCAUAUUUUUUAUACACAGCGCAGAGUUUUUUAACCUAUAGUUGCUAGCCAAAUAGCGCAUUGUUGUUGCCAAACAUUAAUUCCACAGUUAAACAGGGUACACAUUAGUCCCUUCUGGUCAUUAGUGACAAGUUACAUCAAUGCACGGUGUCCAGAACUGAUUUUAGCGACAACAAGGUAGCCUACUCUUCUUUUUCUUCAUAAAGGUACUACUGCUGUCUUAUACACGUCAAGCGCGCCUAAUUAAUUCAGUUCUAUGACCUUCCAUGGAGAAUACAGUUGCAAUCAGCGUUAUUACACAAAGCAGCUAACAGAGUGUAAAAUUGAAAUAUUAUUGUUUUCCCGUCAAAUUGGUUACGCGUUCCCAUCGCGGGUAUGGAAGCCUUUACAGACCACGUGAUGGGGUUAUGCAUUGUCGCGCAGUGAAGUGUCAAGUGUCCUAAGUGAACAAUGCAAGUGUAAAAUGUACAUAAGAGAGCUUAUUACUAAAAUAUACGUUCAAUGAUAAACUAAAGUUACAAAAAGGUUCGUGCAAAAUUCUCGGGGCAUUGUUCAGAUGCAUGGAGCUGGGAACAUCUUGUGAUAUUUUAAAGCGACAUCGUAAAGGGCACCAUGUAGCAGGAAAUCCGGUGUUGGUGUCGGCGUUGGCGGAGUUGUCCGUGAGCGAAAAUUUCCGUGUAUAUUUAGGUAUAUGUAUACACCACACUUUGCUGUAUGACGUGCGGUAUGUGAGGGUUAUACUGACGCACCAUUCUAUCACUAAAAUUGAGCAUACCUUGUCUUGCACUCUUGACAAAGUUAUUCCUCGGAAUCUUGAAAACGACAUCCCACAAACAAAUGUCACGAAACAAAACACCGCCAGCGCAUGCCAUUUGUGUUAAAUAUUCUCAGACUUAAAUAAUGAAUGUGCGAAACAAUAACAGAAACCUGGAAAUGAUGUCAUUUUUUUGAUGGCGCGGCUGUUCACAACGUGUGGGAUAGGUCCGCGCAAUUAAGAGGCCGUGCUUGUACCAGAAAGCUUGCCUUCAUGCACAGCAUUCGCCGCCAGCGUUUCCCGGUAAACAUUACGGUUAUAUAAGCUUCAGUUGCCAGGAAGCGUGACAAGCAGUCAGAGAUCUUUUAAUGACAUCGCGUUCCACUCCUAAAGGCGAAGCUUAAGCGUCCUCUAAUUUGUUGUUUUUUAACGUAAAUUAAAUUCCUUUGGGUAUACCGUAAUAUUGGCUUAAGCCUCCUGCCUUGCGACAGCGCAAAAGAAAUAUACAAACACGGUCACAUUGUACUGCAUACUGCUUUCUACAAAAGCACAGCGUUCUUUCGGCCUCUUGCUGUGUUUAGCUAAUCGAAAAGCCUGGCAUAUGUAGCAGUUUGUUUUUAAAGAAUGGCACUAGAUUUACGCUGGUCCGUUGGAAUACCUUCGCACGACAAGCACUGUAUAUGGUAGUUCAUUAGCACGUCAUCCCAGCACGCUCUUUUUCAACACAAACUCUGGAAAUGAGUGCGGACAAACCAAUCCGCGAUAGCUGCUGGUGCUGCUUCGUGCUACUUUUAUCCUUGCUCAAAAACUUACACCGUCAACUCCCACUCUACCUUGUAUUUUGCAAAAAUAAAACAACAGGAACAGCCACUGAAUUACACGACUACAUAUUUACAGCAGAACUGAUAGUUGGGCGAGUUGGUACGAAUUCAUUGGGAAAUGUUUAGUGCGCACAGUCGACAAGAACACAGUGAAGGGGGAUUCGUGUGUCCUCCUUCACUGUGCCCUUAUCGAUUGUGCGCGCUAACUAUUUCACUAUGACAUCUUUACAAACAGUGUAAGGCCACUUUGAACGCGGAGAAUAUAUAUCAAAGCUGCGUAUACCUGCAAGGAUUGACUUACGUGCUAGUUGGUUCAAUAUCACAGAAAGAACAGCGCUUCAAGACGGGUCAUCCAAUUAUAGCUCGCACCCAAACCCUUCUAAGUCUUCAAGACGGGACACAAAGGAGGAACCACACAUAGUUGUUAGUCACAGAGUUGUUAGCGGAGUGUGUGUGUGUGGUUCCUUCUUUGUGACCCGCCUUGAAUCGCUGUUCUUUCCUUGUGAAUAUCCUCUUACGUUGUUAUGGCAGUGCUUAUGGUCAACAUUGCAGCCUCCACAAUGCAACUGCAGCAUGCUGAAGAACAGAUUUUUUUUUUCAAAAUUUCGAUGGCAUUAUUUAUAGGUGUUUCAAUUAUUUGUAAUUGACUGAGAGGGGGCAGGAAACUAUGCAGGUGUGUCGUUGAUCGCACCACUUUUCUUUGCCGCAGCCAAUUUUUGCGUACAGCAUACAACGUGACUUUGUAAUUCGUCGUUGUCAUCGAUUAUCGUAACUUUAUGUAGUACAAUUGUCGUGUUGUAAUAUACGUUUGUAAUGUUGAGUAUUUAUAUGCCUUGCCGUUCUGCCCAAAAUUCAUCUUAUUGUCGUAGCCUGUUCCAAAUGUUCGGAUAGAAACACACGUCCAAUUGAAAUGUUUGUGUGCAACUUGUACGGGUUAUACAUUCACUGUGUUAGCAUUGUAUUCCCCGGCAAUGUUCGCGGAUGCCCACCAACGCGCCUGAGAAAAAUGUACAUGUACCAAUGCUUCGCGUUGAUUCUUCGGGCAUACCGCCUGCUGCUAUCUUAAGAAAGGUCACGAGCAUACCUUCCUUCCUAUCCUUCAAUAAAGCCUGGAUAUUGGCGUGCUGAAA